GCGAAAUGUCAGAGGAAACGCUGCCGGCGCUAUCUGCUGCUACCACGACUGGCUGCUGUGCAGCGCUGUGCUGCGCUGUGCGACCCUUGCUGCUGUCGGAGGAGGCGUUCAUCAACUUCUUUGCUUCUGGCACAGAGUAGGGAGGGGGAUGGAUGGCGGAGAGGAGGGAGGGGACAACAGCGCGGGUCUUGCGCACCGCCCGGCGCGUGCAGCAACAGAUUGUAGCCGGUCUCCUACCGCCGCCAUCGUGUUGCCGCUACCCUGGGUCUCCGCGCUACCCUCCCGAGGCAGGCAGCCGCUGACGUAAUGGUCAGAACUCGGUGGUCGUGCCGCGCGCGUGUCGCUCACGCUCCGGCACUUUCGGCGGCGAGAGAGUUGGGCGACGUGGCGUUACAUUUCACACAGCUUCACACUGUGGAGAGAACGGUUGGGCUGUCUUUCCUCCAUCGUCGACUCUCUCCUUCCCAGCUGAGAUUUUAACCCUCUUCCUUUUUUUCCCCCUCCUUCUUUUCUCAGACCCUUGGCACCGUUAGACCCCUCGCGAACUUGGCAGAGUCAAUCACAUUGCCAAGGAACCGUUCCCACUUCUCCAUCGUCUGCUCCGACAACUUUAGGUCUCGAGGGUUUUUUUCUGGAGACAAAAAUAUCCCCGUGAUUUUUGUUUGUUUUAGACCUACAGCGUUCUUGGUGUUCUUCAGAAGAACAAAUCCAAACCGAUACUUCCACUGGCUAUGUCGUCUUGCACUCUGGUGGCAAUUGGAUUUUCAGUUCUGCCUCAGGCAUCUGCACAGCAGACGAGCUGCUAAGUUUAGCAGACGCAAGCGGUUUUGUAGGCAAGAGUCAGGAUGAGACGAAGAAUGGCGCUGGAGGACCAAUGACGUCAAGUCUAUAUUUAAACUGGAGGCGACUUGACGGAAGGCAGAAAGCAAGCGCGUGCUUAACUCUUCACACGCCGGGCAAAGGCAACCCCAAGGUGUCGGGAAUCUGUCUCAUAAGAUCUUCCGCUUCACAGCCAGGGUUCCAGAACGUAAUCUCCUCUGCCAGUCAGAGCUGCUAAGUCCUCGCUGCUGAUUGAAGGCCACCGGUAACCUUGUAACCACCACUUGCUGAUUUUUUUUUUUUUUUUUUUGGUUGAGGGGAGGUCUCCUCCUUCCUUCAGAAUGAAUAGCUGUUGUUAAAGACAGACCAUCCUUCCCCUUUCCCCUUCCUGAACUAACCUACCCCCCUCUCCGCAAAGGUUCCUCCUACGCUGUCUUUAAUUUCGACCAGAGCAGUCGGAGACAAGCCUUGUCAUCUUGAGCUGGUGCAGGAUUUCACCAGUGCCAGGAAAGAGCGACAAUGGUUGUGGCGAUAGCGUCUGACUUGCCUUCCGAAGCAAGGCUAAGUUGUCAUUAGCUGCAGUCGUUCCCCAGGAUCCGUGGGCGUCCUUCCAAAAGCGCGCGCUCGUCUGGCGGCGAGAGCGAAACUGUGAGAGAACCCACGGCAAGCGGCAGACAGACGAGAGACAGCAAAGGUGCCGAGAGGUGGUCGAGGGGCCAGGCCAGGUCGUAGUCCCACAUUCUGAAGGAAAUCUGUGACAAAGGCGCAUCUCGGUGAACUGGGAGUCUCUAGACCCAAUUAUUCACGCCGUGCAAGAGCGAGGGUUGUAGCCCUAUAUGCUGGAAGGUUGUGUUCGGUGCCAGUGGGAGCGCCUUUGACCACUUCUGGACCACAGCGUGGACGAUCUGACAGCUUCCGGCUGCUGGAGCCAGACAGGAGGCUAGAUUGAUUCAUGUUGGUGGAGAUGACCACGGUGCGUUGAUGUCAUCUGGCGUGGGACUCCUGCCCUGGUCAGCAAGUGGUCGAGGUCUGUCUGUGCCCACUCCAUGAAUUAUUCACUGCUGUAAUCAUUGUCGCACUCAUUUACAGAUUGAAAAUGGUGCAACUGUUUUAUUACGAGACGCGAGGGAAGUGCUGCCGCAAGGUCUUCAAUUACCAUGGUUACCCAGCACGCGUCUUGCUGUUUCCCUACGAAGGGUGGGCCCAGCCGGCGCUCAUCACCUACUGGCUGCUGAAAAAGUCGUGGUGGAGCCGCUCCUCCUGCAAGAUCAUCGAGGUCAGCGGGGUCAAGAAGUACACGGCCAAAGCCAAGAUGCAGGACAAGGGCAACGGCAACACCGUCAUCACGGGCAGGUUCAAAGGUCACCCCACGUGCCCGGACUUCAAGAUGGCGCUGACGACCAACGUCAGCAGCGCCGACUUCCAGAUGGGCUACUGCGUCACGGGCACGCUGGAACGAGGCCGAGGUGACCUGCAGCUCACGCACUACGCCAUGGUCAAGAGGCGAGGAUACUGAGCACCGACGUCCUUUGUCACUGACUUGAUGACAUGACAUGACAUGGCUGUACGCGGUCUGACACAGCUGAAUUCCAAUCUUGAUGACAUUCCUAGCCAGACUUUUGUAAAAAAUAAUCAAAGGGACUGUGAUUGCGGACUUCUGCAGGGCUUCUUCUUUCGAGAUCAUCCGCUGGUGUUUUUUUUUUUCUUUUUUAAAAUCCACAAAGAUCUAAGAGGUUCGAGGAUAAUUGCUUAAGCUUUUUUUUUUUUUUUGCUUUAUUUUUAUUAUUUGAUUAGAACUGGCAGCUGUCGCCA